GGGAUCUCGGCGCGGGUUGGGGUUGGGGUCCGGGUCCCCCGCGGCUUCAAGUUUCCUCUCUCACUGUUACGAGGGCGUGGGAGGCGCGGUCGUGGGGCGGGGUGGGCCGGGCUCGCGAUGUGCUCACCCCGGUUCCUGGGGACCGUUGCCUUUGUGGCUACGAUUUCUUGUGCAACCCCCGAAGCCUGCGUUUCCUGAUGCCUGGGUCGGGGCGGGGGCAUCGCGCAGGCCAGAAUGGCCCCUGCGUCUGUAGGCCGGAGCCUCUGCCAUCAGCCCCUUUAGGGUGUUCGCCAGCUGUCGGGUGUGGGGGCAUGGCAGGCCCUGGAGGACCCAGUUUCCCCGCUCACCCGACCCGCCACACCCCAGCCAGGCCAGGUCAGAGCAGCCCACCAUGGGACGGGGAGGGGGUGGAGGCUGCACCCCGCGCCCACCCAUCCACCAGCAGCCACCAGAGCGCCGCGUGGUCACUGUUGUCUUCCUUGGCCUCCUGCUGGACCUCCUGGCCUUCACGCUGCUGCUGCCCCUGCUUCCCGGGCUGUUGGAGAGCCACGACCGUGCCCACGACCCCCUUUAUGGAUCCUGGCAGGGUGGGGUGAACUGGUUUGCCACCGCCAUCGGGAUGCCAGUGGAGAAGAGAUACAAUAGUGUCCUGUUCGGAGGUCUCAUUGGCUCAGCCUUCUCUGUUCUGCAGUUUCUGUGUGCGCCACUCACUGGGGCCACCUCUGACUGCUUGGGGAGGCGCCCGGUGAUGCUGCUGUGCCUGAUGGGUGUGGCCACCUCAUAUGCAGUCUGGGCCACCUCUCGGAGCUUUGCGGCCUUCCUGGCCUCCAGGCUGAUUGGGGGCAUCAGCAAAGGGAACGUCAGCCUCUCCACGGCCAUCGUUGCUGACCUGGGCUCGCCUCUGGCCCGCAGCCAAGGCAUGGCGGUCAUUGGGGUGGCCUUCUCACUGGGCUUCACCGUGGGCCCUAUGCUUGGAGCCUCCCUGCCCCUGGAAAUGGCACCCUGGUUUGCCCUGCUCUUCGCAGCCUCCGACCUGCUGUUCAUCUUCUGCUUCCUGCCGGAGACGCUGCCCCUGGAGAAACGGGUAGGGCUGCGGUCUGGGACCCACAGGCCCAGGGGCUGGGGGCUUGGUUCCGUAGCGCUGUAAAAUGCCCCUGUGUGCCAGCCCCAGGUGCCAGGGAGGCUGGGCCGCCCUCUUGGUGUUGGGGCUCUUGAGGCCACAGUCCGCAGGCUGCCAGGCCAGCAGCUGCUCCUGCAGAGCCUGCAGCAGGGGAAGAUGUUCUUCCUCAUCGGCCUCACCAUGGCCGCCAUCCAGGGUGCCUAUGCCCGGCGGAUCCGCCCCGGCGGGGAAGUUGCUGCCGUGAAGCGGGCCCUCCUACUGCUGGUGCCUGCCUUCCUCCUCAUCGGCUGGAGCCAUUCUCUGCCCAUGCUGGGCCUGGGGCUGCUGCUGUACUCCUUUGCCGCCGCCGUUGUGGUGCCCUGCCUGUCCUCCGUGGUCGCUGGCUAUGGCUCACCAGGGCAGAAGGGCACGGUCAUGGGUACACUGCGCAGCCUAGGCGCUCUGGCCAGGGCCGCGGGGCCCCUGGUGGCUGCUUCAGUGUACUGGCUGGCUGGGGCCCAGGCCUGCUUCACCACGUGGUCCGGGCUCUUUUUGCUCCCCUUCCUCCUCCUGCAGAAGCUGAAUUAUUCGGCACAGACGCUCAAGGCUGAGUAGCUGAGCCACUGUGCCCAGGCUGUGGGCACCAGGCAGAGUGGGAGCCUGGGUCAGAGCCCUGCCCACUGCCUGACCCCCCUCCUUCCCAGUCCAGGGAGACCCUGUGGGUGGGAGCCGGCUCCCCAGCAGGAAGCCCAGGCAGCUCCUCCAGACUCAUUCCUAUGAAUGACUCCAGGCGGCAGCACUCCAAGGCUGUCACGGUUUCUGUUUGUUUUCUAAACUAUGCACCAGGUUUCUGAUGAUGAAAUAAAGCACCUGUUUUAUACCAAA